GCGCCAGCCAGCCGUUACCCUCUCAUUCCCCUCCUAGACUACUACACUUCGGCAUCUGUAUUUUACGCAACACUUCGACUGGAAACACUGCGAGCUGACUGACAGACUGCCGUUUUUCCUCGGUCACUUUUCUUUCUCGGAGCGGUUCUUCAGAGAGUAACAGGUGCGGGACAGCAGCGGUGAGCGGAGUCAGACGUUUAUUGCCAACUGUUGCUCAAGUUGCCAUUAAGUGUCAAAAUAUGGCAAACUCGGGCGUUCAGUUGCUUGGAUUUGGUCUCUCUCUGAUUGGCAUCAUUGGACUGAUCGUGGGCACCAUCCUCCCGCAGUGGAAGAUGUCCGCGUACGUGGGGGACAGUAUUAUCACGGCAGUGGCCACUUACCAGGGACUGUGGAUGUCCUGCGCGUUUCAGAGCACCGGGCAACUUCAGUGCAAAAUCUACGACUCCAUUCUACAAUUAGACAGUGAACUUCAAGCGACCCGUGCUUUGAUGAUUGUGGGUAUCGUUGCAUCCAUUGCUGGUCUUGGUGUGGCCUGCAUGGGCAUGAAGUGCACCACUUGUGGAGCUGAUGACAAAGUUCGCAAGGCUCGUACGGCCAUAAUAGGGGGCAUCAUACUGUUAGUGGGAGCCCUCUGUGCACUUGUUGCCUGCUCAUGGUUUGCCCACAAUGUGAUCCGAGCUUUCUACAACCCUUUCACUCCAGUCAACACCAAGUUUGAGUUUGGAGCAGCUAUUUUCAUUGCCUGGGGCGGGUCAUUUCUUGAUGUUCUCGGUGGAGCCAUGUUGGCUGCCUCUUGCCCUCGAAGUAAACAAGUGUCAAAAUAUCCUAAAGGUAACCCUGCACAGUCUGCCAGCAGCAGCAACAACAAAGAGUAUGUGUGACCAAGACUGCCCCCCACUGGACAGAUACUGCACCAACUCCAGAAGGUGAAAUAUUUCUUCAACAAAAUAAUGAACUGAAUAAUGAAGGUUGAACUGCUGUCACUAAGGAAGACCACGGUUUACAAACGGUCUAAUGUCCCAUUAUAAAAAGGGCAAUUAGGUGUCCAAAAGUUCAAAUAGAUAAUGUAUUUACAAACUCUCUGGGAGUUUUGGAAAUGGAGGACUGGAGGAAUCUAGUGCUAGUUCAAACACUUACAGAUUGCUUUGAGCCCUCAGUGUUUCAAUGAAGAGAACAACUUGGUUGGUUUCUCUGUUUCAAAUAAGAGACACUUUGGUAGUGGGUCAUAUAUGUUGGUGUUUUCAAAGUGCCCACUAGAGAGCACUAUAACCAACACAAUAAGCAGGUGUUGCCCAAAAUGGAGGCAGAAUUUUUAUUUUUAAGAUUUGCUUGUUUUUGAUUAUUUAUCCCACAGAAAUGCUAACCUUUUAUAUACUCAUUUGAGUCAGUGUUAUGUAAUUCCAUGUAAUUGCAGAUGGUCAAAAAAUUAUUAACACUUAUUAGCUUAUAAACACAUUGCAGUAUUAACUCGCCACCUCAUGUUCAUUUUAUCAUCCAUGAGCCUAUCUGAAUAUCUUGUACUUAUAAAAGUUUCUUGAUAAUGGCAGUGUUAGUUAUUGUUAAUACACUUGUUUUACAUGCUUAUUUUCAAUAAAGUUGGCUUUAAUUGUA